AUGUCUAUAGAAUCCGGAGACCAGGGCAGUGGCUUCCGCCACCACGAAGUCGUUCAGUUCAUUAACAAUGAAGUUCACGCAAAUGGAGGCGGCCGUGAUAUCUACACCACCUUUCGCUCUCGCUCCUGGAAUGAGGUCGAAGACUGCCUUCAGACCGUGGUGGCUGACCCGCAGGUACCUCACAACGUCAAGCAGGCCUGCACAUGGAGCGGGUUAGCGCUGAACGUUCGCUUUGCCGCCCAGCAGCAAGAGCAGCAAGCACAGAGGGUCCAGCUGCUUCAAGCACAAAUUGAGGAGAGCCAAGCCACUACCUGGGCUCUGGCGACCGAGUUACAGCAAGUGCGAGGAGACUGUGAGGCCAUGGCUGCCCAACUCCACUUCACAGGUCUCACCCUGCAGCAAGUCCUGUGGGAACGGGAUGCUCUCCACGCCAGACUGCUCCAUGAGAGAAUGGCUCGGAGGGCCUCUUUCAUCCCUGACGAGCCUGUCUCUCAAGCAGAUCAGCCGGAAAUGACACCAUGGCAGACGAAUGCAGAGCAACGGGGUGAUUAUUGCACAGAAAUACAUAGCAGUUCAUAUUUUGAGGACCCAUUACCAACUAUGCUUUAUGUACCUGGACCCCUAACUCUUUGGGCCUCACUAAUGCAAACACCAAUGCUGAUGCCAAUACCUUGGCCAUUUCUGUGCCCCACAGUUUUUUCAACACAAGUUCCAUUCUUGGCACCGCCAUUAUCAGUAGUUAUGGAAACAGAGCCGACUUUUGCCCCGCUUCAGAUACCCACUCCUCUGGGGAUCUAUCCAGCUGGCCCAUGGGCAUCAAUGGGUGCCCAGAAUGACAUGGUCUCACUGUGGGACCAGGGGAACUAUGAACCUGAGGAAGAGUCCUGUACGUAUCAGCAUCCUGGCACCCUGGAAGAUAGCACAAUCCAGUUCCAGCAAAAUCCAGAUCAGUCCCAGGCCUUCUUUGAAGAGAACUGCUGCCACAUCCAGACGGAUGGUGCAGAAAAUACCCAACAGGUGCCCCCUUCUGGUGAUGAUACCUGGGACUUGAGCAGAAGAAAUCAAGAGAGAAACCAGGGGUUGACCCCGCUAGAGGAUUGCUGUCAUCACCACCAGGAAGGAGAUUCAGAGAAAACCCAGAAGGUGGAUACCAUGGGUGAAAACAUACACUUCCUCUGUGAAAGUCCUGAGAGGCCACAAGCAUUAACUCCCCAGAGGUGUAUUGUUAUUCAUAGUCAUGAAGAAGAUAUAGAGGCUUCCCAAAGUCCCUUUCUCGUGGAAGACAGUGGAACUCAGAACCAGGAGAAAGGUAUAGAUGAACCUCAGGAGUUGCCUCCCCUAAAAGACAACAGGACCCAAGACCAAGAAGAUAAUCUGGAACAACCUCAUAGGAAUACCCUGCUGGGGGCACGUAAAAAACACAUGAAACAGCAAAUUCCAGACCUAGAACAGGAAACUGGGCCUCUGACUGACAUCAGGAGCAACCAGGAAGAAAGUUCAAAGCAUGUGCAGUGUAGUAGCAAUCCUAAGGCAAUCCCCCUCAGGGGCAACCAGAGCAAGAACACCCAGGAGAAGACCUCUAACAAGAGCCAGGGAUCUAAAAAAAACCGAAAGAAGCAGCAGGCACAGGGGCUGAGGGCCAAACAAUUUAAAGGGAAAAAAAGAGUCUCAGAGUCUCAGAACCAGGACAGGUGUGUACUUACUUUUCUUUCUUUUAAACUGGAACUGUCCAGGGUGUAA